GCUGCAUCCUACCUGAAGAAAGGUUCAUCUAUCAUCUUUAUUUCUUCUAUUGCUGGAUACAAUCCAGGGCAAGGGCUGGCUAUGUAUGGGGUCACUAAAACAGCUCUUUUUGGGUUGACAAAGGCCCUGGCUUCUGAGAUGAGUCCAGAUACACGGGUUAACUGUAUAGCUCCAGGAUUCGUGCCAACAAACUUUGCAGAUUUCCUUGUAAGAGAUGAAGCAUUGAGAAAAGUCUCGAAGAGAAAACGCUGCUUAAAAGGUUGGGGAAGGCAGAAGACAUGGCUGCUGCUGCAGCAUUCUUGGCAUCUGAUGACUCCUCAUAUAUCACAGGAGAAACAAUUGUUGUUGCAGGAGGUACACAAUCCAGACUCUGAUAUCUCUCCUCUCAUUUUCUGUGAGUUUUUAUAGGAAUCUUCAAGACUUCUCCAUCCUACCCCAUAAUCUUCUGAACUCUAAUCAAUAAUGUUUCUGUAAUGAUAAGAUUGCAACUAUUUUUUUGUUACAAAGCUCAAAUAAAAAGGCCCCAAAUAUUAAACCUUUCCGUUUCA